GCAACAAACGGCGGCCUUAUCUCUUCGCAAGCCCCCUCGAAAUCCACUGGAAUCCGUUGCAUUCCUCCACAAAUUACCCUGUGGAUAAGAAAUCUCUGGCGCUAGAGCUCCUUACAUGUCGUGCUGAAGUACUUAUUGCAACGUUGGCAGAAGUCACCUUUCUGCUGUAGUCAGUUGCAGAAAUGGCUACGAUUGCUCUCCAACGACCAAUCCCCCCAGCUCGGUCGACUUCACCUCAUCCUUUGACACCGACACUCAGUCUUGAUAGCAUCAAUACGUCUGCAGCAUGUCCAGUUCCUAUACCAAACAAACACCUACCCAUCUGUCCACCUGGACCUGCUCCCGCUGAAAAGCCUGAUACCCCUCCUCAGUCUCCGCCCACAAAAGAACUCACUCUACAGUCACGCUCACUGCUGUAUCCCCCAGAUAAAUACAAACAAAAGUCAUUGGGUGCUACAACAAUCUAUGAGAUAAAUGCAGAUGGAGUCGCAGCGGCGUUAGACCAUAUUGCAGGGCAGCCUCUCCCAGAUCCGUCUCAAGUCUUCCCUUGGUUUCAUGGUCUACAUCCUAGCAAUCAUAUCCAGCAAGCAUUUUUCAUUGCGAGACGGCGAAAUCUAAGGAAAACGCCAAAAUGUUUGCGUGGCAUUACCGUAGUCAAGGCGGGAGGUGAUUUGAGUUGUUCGAGGCUGAAGGGUGCCAUUGCUCCUGAAGAGUUUCUGCAACAGGCUGUCACUGGAUCAACAUUUCGAGAAAUUGAUCCAAAAGAAGGAUUCUCUGUGAGGAACUUUCAGAUACAAGCUGCCAAGUCCGCAAUGGUUUCGGAUAUCUUGGUCUAUGGAGAUGACAAGAUUGAGGCUGAGAAGCUGGCAAACGACAUUGCUGUGGCCCAACAAGCAUUGCGAGAAGCCCACGAGGAGAAAGGACACGAACUUUGUCGGUAUAACACCUUUGUUUGCACGAGCGAAUUCCAGGAGUUCGAAGAACGGUAUCCUGAUCUCGUUGCUACCGAUUCACGAGGGCAGAUGACGGGAAAGGUCAUGGACUUCUUCCACCAAGAAAGAAUUGAAAUGUGUACAAUGACGAAAGCAUCUGAGAUCCAUCACAAUAUCUGGAUGGGCCCAACGCCAGAUCCAUCGAUAGAUCCGGACUUACUUACUAGUGAUGAACGAUAUGAUAUCUUCAUCGAGUGUAAUGAUCUCGGACGACUCAACUACACUGCAUUGCAAGCUAUAGCUGAAGGCUCGGUAUCAGAUCAACCUGCUUAUCUUGAAUUCCCUUCUUCUGGCAGCAUCAUGCCACCUACUUGGUCCCAAAUCGAGGCAGAUGGCAUAUUAGAAACAUGCAAAUGGUUAUAUAACCUUUCACAUGGCAUUCUUCCUGCAGAUGAAACAGCUCAGGAGAACGACGCUGAAGGAGAUUCCCCAAUGCCGUUUUCUUCACCAGAGCCGACCAAGAUUCGGAAGAGGAAGAUCUUGAUUCACUGUACAGACGGGUAUACGGAAUCCACCUUACUGGGACUCUCAUACUACACCUACGCAACAGGAUUACCCGUCCCAUCUGCAUGGCUCGACCUCCACAUUUCAAAACGCCGCAAUUUCUUCGCCUAUCCUUCUGAUGUAGCCUUACUCACAUCGAUCGCUCCUCGGCUUCUCUCCGAAUCACCUGUUCAUACCGAAAAAUCGCUUUCCGAUAUCACAGAAAUGGUCAAGGAAGAGCCCGAAUGGAUCAGAAACAUGGACGGAUCUCUACCAAGCAGAGUCACCGAUUACAUGUAUCUUGGCAAUUUAGGACAUGCAAACAAUCCCGACCUUUUACGGCAAAUGGGAAUAAGACAGAUUCUGAGCGUUGGAGAAACUGCAUCUUGGAGAGACGGUGAACUAGAGACUUGGGGCAAAGAAAAUGUCAUGGUUGUUCAACGCGUGCAGGAUAACGGCGUCGAUCCGUUAACAGAUGAAUUCGAGCGAUGCUUAGAGUUCAUAGAUCAAGGGAAAGCUAAAGGUACGGCAACGCUUGUUCACUGCCGAGUUGGCGUCUCGAGAUCGGCAACGAUCUGCAUUGCAGAAGUAAUGCGCACUAUGGGCCUAUCGUUUCCUCGUGCUUACUGCUUUGUACGCGCACGACGACUGAAUGUAAUCAUCCAACCACAUCUUAGAUUCUCGUACGAGCUCUUGAAAUGGGAGGAAAAGCUUCGGCAAGAAACUCAUGGGGACGGAUUCCGAAGGGAAUUGGAAUGGCCAGAAAUCGCCCGGGAAGUGGCUGCUAUGAAUAAACCUUAUGCAAGGUGAUCUUCACAAUCUUCAAUCUUCGACUUAUCUUAUUUAUUUGGGGGAAUGUUCUUUUCACGAUUCACGAGUUACGAUUAUCUUAUACCACAUUCGUUCAGCGAUGCUACCGGCGUAGG